AUGGGCGGCUCCCAAUCAGGCGCUCGGUGCUGGCAUUGCAGUGACGUCGGGGGUCUAGCCACCCACGACGCCGUCGGCGAGGAUCCCGUUAAACGGGAGAGCGAGCCGAGCGCAAACCAUGCCAGCAACUCCAGCGGCGGCGUGCCGCUGAAGACUUUUUACACCGUCAACGAGACUCUUGGCUCCGAGGCCGGCACCUCGCGAAGCUGCGUGUCAAGGGCAGCGCUAUGCAGCUCAGAGUACAGAGGCAGAUCGAGGAGGCCGGGUUCCGAGGACACAAGAGGAGAGGCGUACUUAUCGGAGUCGGAUGGAAGCGAUGGCGAGUACAACGAUUCCCUCUCGCCGGUACACACUUUGCAUUCAACGAGUUCUGCUGCAUCCGAUGCAAGCACACGGUCAUCGGCCAGACAUUCCCAUCGUCGGCUGAAGUUGGUCGAGACAAUGGGUCAUAUUCCUUCGGCGGCGCUGCAGCUUGUCAUCAACAAUUCGAGUCCUUUGGAAGACAUCUACAAGAUGGACAAGGACCUCGGCAAGGGAGCCUUCGGCAUUGUCAGACUCGGUCGGGUGCGAAUCACAGGUGCAAAGAGGGCGAUCAAGACUAUAAGCAAAGAAAUGAUGAAGGAGCAAACUGGCUCGCUCAAAAUGGAAAUUGAGAUCAUGAAGAUGCUUGACCAUCCAGGUGUCGUCAUGCUGUUCGAGAUCUUUGAGGAUGACGAUGUUCACCUCUCCAUGGAGCUCUGCAGUGGGGGGUGUCUCACAGACCGUGUCAAAACCGCGCCGAAGGGACAGCUGCCACAAAGGGAGCUGCCCCUGGCCAUGCGUCAGAUACUUGCGGCUGUGAACUACUUACACGAGCUGAGCAUUGUCCACCGAGACCUGAAAGCCGACAACAUCCUCUUAAAGGUGCAACCAACUGAGGUCUUGCGCAGGACGUCCCUCAAAGUCUCUGACUUCGGCCUGUCGCGAAUCGUGGAGGAGGGCGAGUACCUUUCGAGCAUGGGAGGAACACCCAGCCACAUGGCGCCGGAGGUGUUCGAGAGGUACUACAACCACAAGUGCGACCUUUGGAGCUGUGGCGUUCUGAUGUAUUACUUGACCUCAGGGGAGCUGCCGUUCAAGAACGAGGAGGAGGUCAAGAAGGGCAGGUACAAGAUGACGAACCCUGUGUGGGAUAGCCUCCCUUCGCAGCCGGUGGCUUUCCUCAGCAUGUUGCUUUGCAAGCGGCCUUCCAGUCGAUACUCUGCAAAGAAGGCCUUGCGAGACGACUGGCUUGCUGAAGGCAAGGCUGUUCAAAACAGCCACGCGAGCCUCCUCCAGGAGUUGCAGCGCUUCCGCUCCUACAACAAGUUCAAACGCGCUGUGAUAUGCACUGCUGUGAGCAUGCUGUCGGACCACCAGAUUGCGACCAGCCGUGAGCUCUUCAUCAGCCUGGAUGCAGACAGGGACGGGAAGAUCUCCGCACAAGAUCUGAAACGUGCAGGCGGCGCCGCCAUGGGCAUGGGAGACAACCCGGUGUCAUCGCUUCAGGUCAAAGACGCUGUUGCAGAUCGUUUUGAACUGCUGGGUCCCAGCCGUCCAUUUGGAUACACAGAGUUCUUGGCAGCAACCGUUGACCCGAGCUGCUACAUGAACAGCAAGGUCAUGAAGGCUGCAUUCAAUUAUUUCGAUCGCGAUCGAGAUGGCCACAUCUCUUUGUCGGAGCUUUCCAGUGGCCAUCUUUUGGGAGCGUUGUCGAUGGAAGAGCUGCAUGAGCACCAUGGCACAGGAUUAAGCCUACAAUAG